AUGUUUGCCGCCUGGACCUCUCUCCUGGCCGCCCUCGACAGACUCGUCAUGCUUCCCUCUCUGGUCCACACCGUCUGCCCGCCCCAGCUGCCGCCCUCCAAGCAUGGCCUGCACAAUGUGAUCCGCGCCUGCGACCUGACCAUGGACGACUUCCUGCGCGACGUCCAGCGCCAGUUCGAGGCCCCGCUGCACCCCGACCGCCUGCUGGCCAUGUCCGCCAGGCUGCAGGCCGACUUCCACCAGAAGCUGCAGCACAGCGACAUGUGCAUGCUGCCCUCCUACAACCACACGCUCCCCACCGGCCUCGAGCGCGGCACCUACCUGGCCCUGGACGUGGGCGGCUCGACCUUCCGCGCCGCCCUGGUUGAGUUGAGCGGCAAGCAGGGCGCCAGCAGCAUGGACAUCGCCAAGAUGCGCAGCUUCCCCAUCAACGACGCCGUGCGCGCCCUGGAGGGCAGUGCCUUCUUCGACUGGAUGGCCGCGCGCAUUGCAGAGACGCUGGCCGAGCCGCAGGUGCGCGCCCGCCUGGGCGGCGACACGCUGCCCAUGGGCCUGUCGUGGUCUUUCCCCGUCGAGCAAACUUCAAUCCGCGGCGGCGUGCUGCUGGACAUGGGCAAGGGCUUCCGUGCAACCAAUGGGGUGCACAGGCAAGACCUCGGCCAUCUUAUCAUGCAGGCUUGCCAGCGAAGGGGUCUCAACGUCCGCAUGGAUGCCAUCGUGAACGACUCGUCGGCCACGCUGCUGUCGCGCGCCUACCAGGACGACACCACCCGCCUGGCCCUGAUUCUGGGCACCGGCUUCAACGCAGCUGUGCACUUGCCCGUCACUGCCCUGUCACGUCACAAGUUCGGCACCAGGCCGCAGGAGUGGCACGACCAGGCUGAGCGCGUGCUUGUCAACACCGAACUCAGCAUGUUCGGCAAGAACAUCCUCCCCACCACCCGCUGGGACGACUCUCUCAACAAGAACCACGACCGACCCGACUUCCAGCCCUUCGAGCACCUGAUCAGCGGCCGCUAUCUUGGAGAGAUUGUCCGCCUUGUCCUGCUUGAAGCAGUCCAAACCGCCGGCCUGUUUGGCGGCGAGGUCCCUGAGCGCUUCAUGGAGCGCUACAGCUUCGACACCGGCAUCAUGGCCGUCAUUGAGGCCGAUGACACGCCGACCUUGUCCAAAGCCUGCACCAUUCUCCAGUCGAAGCACCCCCUCACUGUGCCGCCCACCUACACCGACUUGUACUACGUCCGUCGAAUCUGUCAACUGGUCUCCCGUCGCGCUGCGGCAUACCUCGCCACCGGAAUCCAUGCAUUGUGGGCGCUGCGCAACGACUCGGAGGGCCUUUCUGCUGCCGAGGCUGGCCACAUCACCAUCAGCUGCAACGGCUCCGUGAUUGAGAAAUACCCCUCGUUUAGGACUGUCUCCCAACAAUUCAUCGACGAGCUUACGAGACUUUCUGGUGCACCAUCCCGCGCUGUGGACCUGGAAAUGGCCAUUGAAUCAUCCAUCUUCGGUGCUGCCGUUGCUGUGUGCUGCUUGGAAGACCACCACUCAUAA